CCCGUCUGCUGUGCGUGUACGCUGCUCGUCUGCAACCCAUAGUUGAUUUAUCAAGGCCCAGACAUGUCUCUGGAAGUGGAAUCUGCGGACGUGGUUCGUCUGAUCAUGCAGUAUUUGAAAGAGAACAAUCUGCACCGCACACUUGCCACCCUUCAAGAGGAAACUACAGUGUCUCUUAAUACAGUGGACAGUAUCGAGAGUUUUGUGGCAGAUAUAAACAGCGGUCAUUGGGACACCGUGUUGCAGGCCAUCCAGUCUCUAAAGCUCCCAGACAAAACCCUGAUCGAUUUGUAUGAGCAGGUGGUUCUAGAGCUGAUUGAAUUAAGAGAACUGGGAGCGGCCAGGUCUUUACUGAGGCAAACAGACCCCAUGAUCAUGCUGAAGCAGACUCAGCCUGAGCGCUACAUCCAUUUGGAGAACCUGCUGGCACGUUCCUAUUUUGACCCCCGGGAGGCAUAUCCGGAUGGCAGCAGUAAAGAGAAACGGAGAGCAGCAAUCGCCCAGGCUCUGGCUGGUGAGGUCAGCGUGGUGCCCCCUUCUCGUCUCAUGGCUCUGCUUGGACAAGCUCUGAAGUGGCAGCAGCACCAGGGUCUCCUACCGCCUGGUAUGACUAUUGACUUGUUCAGAGGUAAAGCUGCAGUGAAGGAUGUGGAGGAGGAACGAUUCCCCACUCAACUUAGCCGACACAUUAAGUUUGGUCAGAAGUCUCACGUAGAGUGCUCGCGCUUCUCUCCCGACGGUCAGUAUCUGGUCACUGGCUCUGUGGAUGGCUUUAUUGAGGUCUGGAACUUUACCACAGGCAAAAUCCGAAAGGAUCUGAAAUACCAGGCACAGGACAACUUUAUGAUGAUGGAUGAUGCAGUGCUGUGCAUGGGUUUUAGUCGAGAUACAGAAAUGCUAGCAACUGGAGCUCAGGAUGGCAAAAUCAAGGUGUGGAAGAUCCAGAGCGGCCAAUGCCUUCGUCGUUUUGAGAGAGCUCACAGUAAAGGUGUCACCUGUUUGAGUUUCUGUAAGGACAGCAGUCAGCUGCUCAGCGCUUCUUUUGACCAGACCAUCAGGAUUCAUGGUCUUAAGUCUGGAAAGACGCUGAAGGAGUUCCGUGGGCACUCGUCUUUUGUCAACGAAGCUGCUUUCACGCCUGACGGUCACCACGUCAUCAGUGCCUCUUCUGAUGGCACUGUCAAGAUCUGGAACGUGAAGACCACAGAGUGCACCAACACCUUUAAGUCUCUGGGCACCUCUGCAGGCACUGACAUCACAGUGAACAAUGUGAUCCUUCUCCCCAAGAAUCCUGAACAUUUUGUGGUUUGCAACCGUUCAAACACAGUAGUCAUCAUGAACAUGCAGGGUCAGAUUGUCAGGAGCUUCAGCUCCGGUAAGAGAGAGGGUGGAGACUUCGUCUGCUGCACGCUUUCACCCAGAGGUGAAUGGAUCUACUGCGUGGGAGAAGACUUUGUGCUCUAUUGCUUUAGCACAGUCACCGGCAAGCUAGAGAGAACACUCACGGUCCAUGAGAAGGAUGUGAUUGGGAUUGCCCAUCACCCACACCAGAACCUUAUCAGCACAUACAGUGAAGAUGGCCUGCUAAAACUCUGGAAACCUUAAACUUAUAACAUGUGGUUUUGUCUGAGUGUGGUCUCUCUGUUGCGUUGGUCAGAUUAGGCUUGGAAUAACACCAAAAUUUUUGAUUCAUAAAUUUUAUGUAUAUAUUUUUGAGUGUAGUUAAAUGUAGUUUUUUUUCCUCUCUUUUUUUUUCCUAUUUGGUCAAAUGCUUGAUUGAUCUAAAAAUUAUUACUAAUAAACAGAGGUGUGGGUUUAAGUGGACUGUUGUUCAAACUCAUCAGUAACUUAGGCCUGUUAUGUAUGGGUUUUUGAAUAUUUUUCAUGAUUUAUACAUUUUACAUUUAUUUCUUUGCCUUUUGUAUUCAAUAAACACAU